CAGAACAAGGGCGAUGAACACCGUCGUUAAAAACUGAAGACAGAGACAGCGGUCACGUGACCUUGCCAGCGCGUCACGUGAGACACACAGACCGUUCGGGGAUUUGUGAGGGAAGUAAAAUGACUGCUGCACUGACUCAGGGUCUGGAGAGAAUCCCGGGCCAGAUCGGCUACCUGGUGAUCAGCGAGGACGGAGUACUGGCCUCUUCAGGAGAGCUGGAGAAUGAUGAACGUACAGCAGGUGUGAUCAUGCAGAUGGUCCGCACAGCAUGCAGAUUUCGGCUAACCGGUGCAGCAGAACCUCCUUUUAAACGCAUGUCAGUGAUGUUUGAGGACUUUGUUUAUGCCGUGACUAUCUCCGGGCAAAAAGUGUUUGUAGUGAAACGUCAGAACAACCAGCGGGAACCUGUGACUGCCUAGUGUUAUAAAGAAACUGCAAAUUACAGGGCAAGUCAUUAGAAUUAGAAUAAAGUACACCCCCUUAACCUGAUGCCAGCCUGAGGGUAGAGGGAUACUGAUUUUCUUCUCUAGCCUGAUAUGAAGAAUUAUGCCUAAAAUAUUGGAAACACACAGGGUUUGUUAUGCACAUUGUAGGCUGGGGAGGAUGGUGUGUCAGGCUUUAUGACUAUUAAUGCUGUAUUAAAUGAUUUAUUAUUGUUAUUUUUAUAGCUUUAUUACUCUAUGUUCAGUUUGGAGCAACACUUUAUCGAGAUCCUCGUGGAUAAUCAUUUACAAUGUCCAUAAUUUAAACAGCACAUAGUCACAUUUGUCUGUAGCCUUCUGUGUUGCUUUAACUAUUAAAUGGGGCUGUUGUUUAACUCCACGAGGCAUUUUAAAUGCAUUUGUUCCACUAGUAACAAAAUGUCAGUAUGCAUACAAAAUUUGUCUGUUUAUAAAUCAGCUAAUAGCAUUUAUUAUGUUGCUCAAAUAUGUCGUAACUUUUUGUUUCAACCUCGGGGCUGCAACCUCGUAUGCAAAUGAAGUCAAUUUUUUGUCAACUGUAAUUACAUUUUUGCAAUUGGUCUGGUUUUGUCAUUUAAUUAUCUCUCAGAUUUAUUAUUGUUAUUUUUAUAGCUUUAUGACUCUAUGUUCAGUUUGGAGCAACACUUUAUCCAGAUCCUCGUGGAUAAUAAUUUACAAUGUCCAUAAUUUAAACAGCACAUAGUCACAUUUGUCUGUAGCCUUCUGUGUUGCUUUAACGCUUGUAUAUAAACUUAGUAGAAAAACUGAAAAAGUCUAAUUGUAUAAAGAAUUCAUAAUAUUUAAAUAUAUUUUCACAUGCUAUAAUACAUAGUAAAAAUGCUGAGCUGAUUUUCAACUGCAUGUUUCAGAAACAGUUUUGAUUUGAUGGUUUUUAUUAUUAUUAUUAUUAUAAUUUUUUUUUUUUUACUAUUUUGAAUUGUAGGUGGAAGCAAUUCAGAUAGCAACAAAUCUUAAAAACACCACAUUUUGAAACUGAUGUAAGUGACCUCAAUAUCAUGGUCUGUUAAUAACUAAUUAGGCGUAGUAUGUUGUUUUUUUUUUUUUUUUUUUGCUUUAACAUACUUGUUUACGGUUAUUUUGAUUGUUUUGUCUGCACCAUAAAUAAAUUUGACUCCUUUUGAACCAAA